UACUUGAGCAGAAGAGGGAGAAGGAAGAGGAGGGUGGCUGCCUGCGAGAGAGAGAGAGCUUGUCCCGGGAGUGUGAGUCCGAACGCGCCAGAGGAGUGUCUCUCUCUCUUCUUGACUUCGCAGGAGAGGGCUGAGAAGUGCACGGAGGCGGGCGGCGUUGGAGCAACACGGCACCGGCGGUGUUGGCAGAGCUCGCUGAGCGGAGACAGGGGAAUCCACUGGCGCUGUUGAUCCUGGUGUCCCUGGCAAAAGCUGCUUGAGCAGGAGACAGAAAACGGCGCAGCAGCCAGGAUCUCGCCGGGGGGGGCAGCAUUUUACAGCGACAACCAAGCGUGGAGGCAGCUGAAACCUGCACACACACACACACACACACACAGCAGACUGGGGACGGACAGUAAGACGCACGCAGCACUUCAAAGAUUACCUACAACCCUUCUUCAGCUGAGACACAAACUUGCACAGAUGCAAAAUGUUACAUUUUCUUGUCCGUGGAUGCUGGAUGAUGAAGAGGAAAACUUCUGGAGAGGAAAUUAUCUUUUAAGGAGGACUUACUGCAGAGAUUUCUCCAGUAAGAAUAACUUUCUCAUUUUGGGGGAGUUGGAGGUUUAAACCCUCUAUCUAAGCACAACACAGAACAACCUCUAUUCUUAGUUACAGGAAUUGAGAGCGGUCUUUAAGAUGCCUCCCCCUGAUUCAGUCUGAGCAGUAAGUGGAUUAUGACGGCAAUAUUUUGGGAUUUUUCUUUUGCUUGAAAAAAAAAAAAGAGUAAUAUAUCCAUAACUGGUGGAUUUACGUCUGUCAGAGAAGGAGAGGAUCCCAUGCGUUUUCUCCUCUCUUCUCCUGUGGAUUACAGAUGGGCUUUGUGAUUUCCCAGUGCAGUCUCAUGGAUGAUCGCUCGCUGCCAGUCAUUAGGAUAAAGUACAAAGAGGGACACAAGUGAGUAUUCUGCUGGAUUUUUUUUUUUUUUUUAUCUCUGCAGGCUUAAGCUUGUACGAAAGAGGAGGUGAAGCUGGAGUGGGAACGCAUCGCGGCUGCUUUUUCUUCUUCUUUUUUUUUCUAUUUUAAUAACAGAAAAGGCAACUCCUUGAUUAAACUGCUGUGUUGUGUUUGAUAAAUGCUUGUCAAGGUGUUAAAGGUAGACACAUCCUGAGAUUAAUUCAUUUGCACAAUAACAAACCUGUAUGUUUGCAGACCAUUUGUCAAUGGACAUAAUUUACUAAAUGAGUGGUACCGUCUACCUGGCAGGUGGUUUGGGCACACGCAGGAGAUUGAUUGAAGUGUUCUGUGUGAAUCCUAUUAAUGCAUGCUGGACUCUGGCCAAGGCAGAAGCAAUGGAGGGGAACGCAGCUGUCUAGCAGCACUAUCUGAUCUGCCUCCUCGCUGGACAAACUGAGCACCCGCUUUCACUCCCUUCUUCAACAACACUCCUCCUCCUCCUCUUCUCGCCCAGGCAAGGAUGGUACCUCCACCCCCCACCAACAAGCCCCACGUGUGCCUCUCCACCAUCCUGAUCAUGAGCAGCAUGGCACUGAUUGAUGCCUACCUCGUGGAGCAGAACCACGGGCCGCGCAAGAUUGGCAUCUGCAUCAUGGUGAUGGUGGGAGACAUCUGCUUCCUGAUCGUCCUGCGUUACGUGGCGGUGUGGGUGGGUGCUGAGGUGCGCACGUCCAAGCGAGGCUACGCCAUGAUCCUCUGGUUCCUUUACAUCUUUGUGCUGGAGAUCAAGGUCUACUUUGUGUAUCAAAACUACAAGGCGGACAGGAAGAGCCUGGACGCUCUGGCCAGAAAAGCCUUGACGUUGCUGCUGUCUGUUUGCAUCCCGUUGCUGUUUGUGGUGCUGGUGGCCAUCGACCACAUGGAGUACGUCCGCGCCUUCAAGAAGCGUGAAGAGAUCCGCAACCGCCUCUUCUGGGUGGUGGUGGACUUGCUGGACAUACUGGACAUCCAGGCCAACCUGUGGGAGCCUCAGAAGAAGGGGCUUCCCUUGUGGGCGGAGGGCUUGAUGUUCUUCUACUGCUACAUCCUGCUGCUCGUGCUGCCCUGCGUGUCCCUGAGCGAGAUCAGCAUGCAGGGCAUCAACAUUGUGCCCCACAAGAUGCUCCUGUACCCCCUCCUCAGCAUGGUGACCAUCAACGUCAUCACUCUCUUCAUCCGAGGGGGGAACAUGAUUCUGUACCGGGACGCCAGGGUAUCCGGGAUCCUGAUAGGCAAGAACAUCCUUGCCAUCAUCCUAAAGACCUGCAGCUUCGUUCAGUACAGGAGACAGUUGCAGAACGCCUCUCCCGCCUUCGGGGUGGAGCUGCAAAAGAACUCGGUGGCCCACGCUCGCCCCGCCCCCACCCCUCCUCAAGUGGUCAUGCAGGACCAGACGCCCCUCCCCGAGGUGACAACAUGUGACCACACAUGACAGGAGGGUGAGGCGGAUCCUGGAGAUGUCUACAUGUAUAUAUAUGACCCUCAGGAUGCCGACAGGGCACAACGCCCCACCCCACUUAGGGCACGCGGACUCGACCAUGAUCUCCGCUGAUGCUUGACUGCACACGGGACACUGCGGACGCAGUUAGCGAUGAUAGAGAAGUGACAUAUCCAAAGCUGUCAUGAUGCAAAAUCACUUGAGACUUUGUUAAAGCAUUUCCUCCGACGAAUUCAGUUAACUGUGUAUUUUUUCUAACUGUACAAAAGAUAAAAAAAAAAAAAAAAGAAGCAAACUACUGCAGGAUUAGAGGAUAUAUUUUUGAAUUGUGUGUGUUGCAUUCUAAUCUUAAAGUUAAGGGUCUGUGUGCCGUGGUGUGUAUUUCUGUUGCUCGGAUGUUCUUAGUAGUCGAGGACUUUAACGCGUCAAAGUCAGGAGGAGCAGCCAACGGGAGAAUCAAAGUCGUGAAAAUAUCAGUUAAAGCGUUCUCUUGAAAGAAGUGUGUUUUUAUAUGUGACUCUUUGAUAAAGUAUUGUGUACAAGAUAAAAGGCUUCCCUGCUCUUUCACUGGCUGUAAAAGGGAUUUGUUUUUUUUCAUGAAAUCAUUUUCAAGUUAUUGGUCCAAUUGAGUUCAUUUCACGUUUUAAUUAAAUGUCCUUUAAUUAACCUGGGUUACAAAAGAAAAUAGACAAUGAUUUUUUUUCCCGGUCUGGUUCAGUCGGCAAUUAGGAACUACUUUAUUGCUUAAGUGGUGCCUGUGCAAUGUCAUUCAUCUUGAGAGUCAUAUUCCAGCUUAUAUUUCCAGCGAGGAGGGGAACACUUAAUACAUUCUCUGUGCAGUUGCGAGCGGUUAGAUCACUGCAAAGGGUGACU